CAACAUUAUGGAAUCAUUACAACAGAAUUCUUUCCUUCUCUGGUUUUCAGAUGUCUCAGAUGUCUGUGACCCAGACCACCAGCUCUGUUCUACUAUGGAGGCUACAACCUGCAAUGGAUCGGUGGAUGGCUCUACUGUCUUCUACCUGGUGGGAAUCCCCUCUCUGCCAGAGCUCUUCUACCUUCCUGUCUUCUUCCUCUUCCUCCUCUUCUACCUGCUCAUCCUGGUGGGGAACACCCUGAUCCUGGUGGCCGUGGUGACAGAGCCCAGCCUCCACAAGCCCAUGUACUUCUUCCUAAUCAACCUCUCAGGCCUGGACAUCCUUUUCACCACAACCACGGUCCCUAAGAUGCUGUCCCUAUUCCUGCUGGGAGACCACUUCCUCACCUUCCCUUCCUGCUUACUGCAGAUGUAUCUCUUUCAAGGCUUCACCUGCUCAGAAGCCUUCAUCCUGGUGGUCAUGGCCUAUGACCGCUAUGUGGCCAUCUGCCGUCCUCUGCACUACCCUGUUCACAUGACCCCACAGACAAACACUGCACUGGCAGCCAGUGCCUGGAUCACUGCCCUCCUCCUGCCCAUCCCAGCAGUGGCACAGACCUCCCAGAUGGUAUAUAAUAACAUCGCUUAUAUCUACCACUGCUUCUGUGACCACCUGGCUCUGGUCCAGUCCUCCUGCUCAGACACCAGCCCCCAGACCCUCAUGGGUUUCUGCAUUGCCAUGGUGGUGUCCUUCCUUCCCCUCCUCCUGGUGCUUCUCUCCUAUGCCCGCAUCCUGGCCUCAGUGCUGCGUAUCAACUCCAGGGAAGGGCGUUCCAAAGCCUUCUCCACCUGCAGCUCCCACCUCCUGGUGGUGGGCACCUACUACUCAUCCAUUGCCAUAGCCUAUGUAGCCUACAGGGCUGAGCUGCCCCUGGACUUCCACAUCAUGGGCAAUGUGGUGUAUGCCAUUCUCACACCAAUCCUCAACCCUCUCAUCUACACCCUGAGGAACAAGGAUGUCAAGGCAGCCAUCACCAAAAUUGUUUAUCUCAAAAGUAUGAUGUGAAUGUUUGAUCUCUUAAUGCAGCUAACUCUACCCCCAGGACUCCAUCCAGCAAUGUUUAUCUUAGAGAAGAAGACUCUGAGUGGUCCAGUCCUCAGAGAAGAAACUCAGUAAAUAUAACAGAAUGGACAAAUUAAUGAAUGCAAUGAUGUACAAUAAAAAUUCACUCAAGCAAAUAGCACUAAA